AUUCUGAACACUGAAUUCUGAGGGGUACCGCCGACACCUCCAAGCUUUAGUGCUCUCCAACUGGAUACCAAACCACUCGACAAUGGCUGCAAUUCUAUCGUUCUUUAUCUGAAAACACAGAAACCAUCCAAAAGCUCUAUAAUUUACAGCAUAAAUAUCAAAUACUUCCAAUUUUCCGCCAUGUUCAACCUACCAUUCUUCUUCCUCUUUCUUCUCCACAUCUCCCUAUCCGCCAUUAAUUUCACCGCGCAGUCCCUUACUCUGCCCACAGACAUCUCAGCCCUGCAAGACAUCAAGAAGGAAAUCGAAGCCAAAAGCAUCCCUCCCAACUCCUGCGUCGCCUCCUGGAACUUCUCCGCCGCCGACCCCUGCUUCACCCCUCGCCGCACCUACUUCCUCUGCGGCCUCACCUGCCAAUCCACCGCCGGCGGCCCGGCCCGAGUCACUCAACUCACCCUCGAUCCGGCGGGUUACUACGGCAUCCUCUCCCCAAAAGUCUGCAGACUCACUGCCCUCAAAAUUCUCGACGUAUCCGAUAAUUUCUUCUAUGGUUCCAUCCCUCCUCUCGGCUCUCUCUCUCAUCUCCAAACCCUAAGCCUUUCCUCCAAUUCGUUCGGCGGUAAUCUUCCUCCCUCCAUAGCCAACCUCAAAUUCCUUCAAUCUCUUGACGUUUCCGGGAAUUUCCUCAAUGGGUCUCUCCCACAAACCUUGGACUCUCUUAACAGCUUGACAAAAAUCGAUCUUAGCUACAACAGAUUUACAGGGUCUUUGCCCAAAUUUCCCCCUAAAUUGACACGACUUGCUCUGAGGGGCAAUUCGCUAUCUGGCCCUCUGCCUCGAUCGUCCUUCGUGGGGUUAAACCAGUUGGAUGUGGUCGAACUCGCUGCGAAUUCGUUUUCUGGUGUAGUGCCGAGCUGGUUCUUCCUCAUCUCUUCUCUGCAGCAAGCCAAUUUGGCGAAUAACAGCCUCAUCGGCUUCGAGAACUGGGCACCAACCGCCGGGAAUAGUACCCUCGUCGCCCUCGAUUUGGGGUUCAACAUAAUCUCAGGCAACAUAUCCAUGAAUUUGGAUGCUUUCCCUAAGUUAGCGUCUCUGUCGCUUCGGUACAACCAAUUGAAAGGUCCAAUCCCGGCAAAGUUCGGCGGGGAGGUGUCUUUGAGAAGAUUGUUUUUGGAUGGGAACUUCUUGAGCGGUACGCCGCCGGCAGGGCUCCUUUCGCCUUCGGUUUCCGGCAGCUUAGGAUAUAAUUGCCUGCAGGACUGUCCGUCCUCUUCACCGAUAUGUUCGCCUGCACAAAAGCCCGUCUCGCUUUGCGGUUGAAAACCAAGAUCGUAGCGUGGGAUUGUCGGUCAAAAUUUUUUCCUUAAUGAACUAUGUCCAUGGCUUCUUCCAUUAUAACAUUAUUAUUAAGGUUGGCAAA